UUUUGUUGUCGAUGUAUGCUACGAGCGCGCGCGACCCGACUGACGCGGUAUCUGCGCGAUCUGGCAUUCAGAGGAGACACACCCGCGACAUUUUCGCUUGCUUUGGGGACACCGAGCAAAACUGGGGUGGGGCCAUUACCGCUGGCCGAUGUGCUGCGACGGACAGGCGUGAAGAUGGAGGAGUUUGCAGAGAAGCGGGCAGUGAUGUGGGCGGGGGAUAUUGAUAGCUCACUGCAGAAAUAUGAACAGGAGGAGACGCAGCUACCACUGUGGCUGGCGGUAUACCUGCUCAGCUUCAAAGUCCGCACCCCUGCCCAGGCCUCUGGGGCGGGUCUUAAACUAGCAUUGGGUGUGGGGAAAGAGGACCAGGCACCGCUGUUGGUUCUGUCUACCAUGCAUCUCGUGCGUUUCCGACUUAUGUCGCCAUUACAAAACAUCGUCGACGCUUUUCUGGCUACUCCACCUUCGCUGACACAUAAAGUGCACUUUAACCAUCUCCUCCUCGCUCUCUCCGCCCUGCGCUCUUCUCACGAUGCGCGCGCUCUUGUUAUCCAGUUGCUCGAAGCGAUGGAAGCCAGAGGAAUCCGACUGUGGGACCGCACUUGCACUGUCCUCCUCAAUGACCGUUACGCCGUGCUCAAGCUUACGCACUACCUCCACCAGCGGUCGCUACGUCUCCACGAAAAACCCACGCCUUCCCAUCUCAAAGUAUACCUCCGCACUGCGGCUAUUACUGGUGACCUUCCGCGUGCCGAGCAACACUUCGCCGCGAUCAAGGGUCGCGGGCCGAAGGCCGAGAACGUCGCACACGCAAAGCGGGAUCUGCGGGCUCACCGGAUCAAUGCGGCGCGAUCACAACUGAUCCGCGCACAACCUUCCUUUGACGAGGCCAUCCAGUAUUUCCAGAGGACGGUCGUCCAGAAAGCGAGCAGAGAGAAACCGUUCGGCAGAAUUGCGCUCAACCACCCACGGAAUCUAUUGGGCAAACGUGCUGCGGAUAUCAAGGACUGGAAUGCUGCUUUGGCAGUUGCAGAACGAGAUGGGACAGUCAAUGGGGGGCGGCUAAUCAGAGUGCUUGAGCGGCUCAGACCCAGUUUCGGAGAGUAUCGGCCAAAUGCGAGAACAUGGGAAAUUCUGGUGCGAGGGCUGUUGAAGAGGAGAGAGUGGAGACUGGCUUAUGACCGAUGGAAGGCAUUCUUGUCUACUGGUCAACCAAUGACUCCUGGGUUGUUGAAGAACGGGCUGCGGGCGAUGAUACUGGCAGGACAGCCGCACGAAGCAGUGGCGCUGCUGGAAGUUUAUCGCACCCUCGUAACUGCCGAAAUCAUUGAACAUGUCAUGGCCGCGCUGGUCGAAGUUUUGCGUCCAGAUGUGGUAUUCCGUCUCUGGGAUGCGCUGCAUACACUCUACCGUGUCACUCCGGCACCAGAGAUGCUUGUUCUCCUCUUCCGGGCGGCGCAACUCCCCCAUUUGUUGGACGACUCGUUUGCAGGGCAGAUGGCGCUACUCAGCUCCAAAUUCCAAUCGCCCUCUAAAACCCAGAAAACGCGAGAAGAGCUUGCCCGCGAUAUCUACGAACUCGCUUCAGAGCCGUAUCAAUCCGGGCUCUGGCGCGGAGAACAGGCGAGCCAAGUGGCCAGUGCAGAAUUAUACACCUUCCUUGGCCCCGAAACUAUGUCUCAGCUCGCUAGCGCUCCCCUGCCCGCCGCUGCCAUGCGCCCUCAUGCCGAAAGCGGACGCGUGGGAUAUGCGCUGCCCCCGCUCGACUAUGUCCCCCGCCGUCAGCACGAUAAUCGCGGUCACGUGCUUCUUUCGUCACGCGUCUGGGCAGAGUACAUCCUCCUCCUCGGGCUCACGCGGCGCGCGCCAGAGAUAGCACGUACGCUCGCCUGGAUGCGCACUCUUGGCAUCGCAUUAGAGACACAGACCGUCGGGUUCGCGCUGGCGUUUUGGGCGGAGGUGGCGGUGCAUCCGCCAUUACUAGGAGUGUUGAUGAAAGGACGAGGUGAUGGUUACGAGCAGCUGCGAGUGUGGCUCGCUGAGGAUGGGCAAACUGUACCGAAGGAAGAGGACGUGCGCGUGUGGCAUGCCAAGAUCGAGAUGGUGAGGCGGCUGAGGAGGGAGAGCGUGGAGAGAGGGAGGUAUCGAAUGGGCGAGGAGGCAAGGGUGUGGGCAAUGGAGAAGUGGUAG